GGUUGUCGGCACCGGCGCUGCCCCGGGAAGGACCCGACCGGACUCCUCGCGGUCGCCGCGCCGGCAGUGUGUGUGUCUGUGUGUCCGUCCCCCGGCUUAUCUGGUCGGCGGUACAGCUCCUGUAUCACUCUCAGCUUCUCUCUUUACAUCUGUCUCAAUGCAGAGAAUUUGAAUUCUGGGAACCAGGCUUUUGAAUUGUCAUUUUUCUUGGGGCUGGAGGAAUAACUCACCAGAAUUGUGUAUCUUGACUAAGGUCAGUGAUGUGAAGAGACCUGACAUGGAUGAUAUUGCUGAUAGAAUGAGGAUGGAUGCUGGAGAAGUGACUUUAAUGAACCACAACUCCAUGUUCAAGCCCCAUCUUCUGUCACAGAUGGGUUUUCCAAAGGACCAGCUUCAACUUUCUGACCACCAGAUUUCGCCUUCCAGGCGAGGCAAUUCGGACACACCUUUUACAUGUGCCACGAGAAGUACGGCUUCCCAUCCAAACUACUACUCAGACAACCCUUCCUCAGACAGUUUCCUUGGCUCAGGAGACCUACGAUCCUUCGGCCAGAGUGCAAAUGGCCAGUGGAGAAAUUCCACUCCUGUGUCAGGUUCAACUUUACAAAAAUCCAGAAAUAGCCGAAGUCUUUACCUGGAAACUCGAAAGACCUCAAGUGGAUUGUCAAACACAUUUAUGGGAAAGUCCAACCAUCACUGCCACGCGUCUGCAUAUGAAAAGUCGUUCCCUAUUAAACCUAUUCCAAGUCCGUCAUGGAGUGGUUCUUUUCGUCGAAACCAUUUGAGUCCCAAGAAAACUCAGAGGCGACAUGUUAGCACAGCAGAAGAGACCGUUCAAGAAGAAGAAAAAGAAAUUUACAGACAGCUGCUCCAGAUGGUCACCGGGAAGCAGUUUGCUGUAGCCAAGCCCACAACGCAUUUCCCUUUACACCUGUCUCGAUGUCUUAGUGUGGGUAAAACUACUUUGAAAGAGCCCCUGUUUAAAAAUGGAAAUUCUUGUGCCGCUCAGCUCACCGGCUCUGACACUUCAUCGUCUGGAUCUGCCAGCAUUGUGACUGCCAGCGAGCAGCUGUGUCAUAGUGUGUUCUCCUUAGCGUCUGGCACCCCCGAUGCUGCUGCUGUGUUUACAUCCAAAGAUUCUGAUCCUCUCCGUCAGUCCCAGCAUUCCCACUCUCUAACAAGUCAACCAGAUAACUUACCGGCUUCGAAUACACCAUCUGAAGGCUCAGACUCGGUGAUUUUACUCACAGUGAAAGAUUCCCAGACUCCAACUCCCAGUCCCAAUUUUUUCCAAGCAGAACUGUGGAUCAAAGAACUAACUAGUGUUUAUGAUUCUCGAGCACGAGAAAGAUUACGCCAGAUUGAAGAGCAGAAAGCACUGGCAUUGCAGCUUCAAAAUCAGAGAUUGCAGGAACAGGAGCAUUCAGUACAUGAUUCCGUGGAACUGCAUCUUCGUGUUCCUCUUGAGAAAGAGAUCCCUGUCACAAUCAGCCGGGAAGCAGAGAAAAAAGGUCACAAGCUGAGUGCUAGUGGAGAUGAAUUUCCUGAAAUCACAGAGGAAAUGGAGAAAGAAAUAAAGAACGUGUUUCGCAAUGGGAAUCAAGACGAAGUUCUGAGUGAAGCGUUCCGCUUGACCAUUACACGCAAGGAUAUCCAGACUCUCAACCAUCUGAACUGGCUCAAUGAUGAGAUCAUCAACUUCUACAUGAAUAUGCUGAUGGAGCGAAGCAAAGAGAAGGGGCUGCCGAGUGUGCACGCAUUCAACACCUUUUUUUUCACUAAGUUAAAAACAGCUGGUUACCAGGCGGUGAAGCGUUGGACAAAGAAAGCGGAUGUGUUUUCUGUUGACAUCCUCCUGGUGCCCAUCCACCUGGGAGUGCAUUGGUGUCUUGCUGUUGUGGACUUCAGAAAGAAGACUAUUACCUAUUACGACUCUAUGGGCGGGCUAAACAAUGAAGCCUGCAGGAUCCUCUUGCAAUACCUAAAACAAGAAAGUAUUGACAAGAAAAGGAAAGAGUUUGACACCAAUGGCUGGCAGCUCUUCAGCAAGAAAAGUCAGGAAAUUCCACAGCAGAUGAAUGGAAGUGACUGUGGAAUGUUUGCCUGCAAAUACGCUGACUGUAUUACCAAAGACAGACCAAUCAACUUCACACAGCAACACAUGCCGUACUUCCGGAAGCGGAUGGCGUGGGAGAUCCUCCACAGAAAGCUCUUGUGAAGACUGACUCGACCAACAGACGUGAACCUAGUGGGGGACCAGCUCUUUGUCACCUGUAGCCAGAGACCUUGGAAACAGCUUCUCCCAGUCCUCUGUUCUUGUAAAGCGCUUGAUUCUGGACCAGGCCCUGGCGAGAUGCAUUCACAAGCACAUCUGCCUUUCCUUUUGUAUCUCAGAUACUAUUUUUGCAAAGAAAUUUUGGUGCUGUGAAAGGGGUGAGGGACAUCCCUAAGCUGAAGAGAAAGACUGCUUUUUCACUUCUUCAGUUCUGCCAUCUUGUUUUCCAAGGGCUCCAGCCUCGCUCAGUCCCUAAUUAGAGUACUGAGAGAAGCUUAGAAGGAUUUUUGGUUUCAUAUAAACUCAUGUUGUUAGGCCUUACUAAGGAGACAGGAAAGGGCCUGGGCAAAAGAUAAAGAUAAAAACCACCAGCAUACACACACACACACACACACACACACACACACGAUUUUCAAGAUAUAUAGUCAGUAAAGUGACUAUAAACUGGACUUAAACAGAGGCUUUGGCCUCUGCCCCAGGACUUUUCCUACUUAUACGCGCCCUGUGUGAAAUUCAUCUGCUGCUCUACAAGGCUGUCAUGUCAUCUGUGGCUUUCUCCCAUCCUGAGGCAUGACACAUGAGCCUUGGGUGGACCCCAAAGUCCUAGGCAGCCCUUUCUUUAACAGUGAGGGUUUGCCUGUGCUCACAACACACUAUAUAGGGAAACCCCACCCAUGGAGCAGGUUCAUGGGGCUGCUGCCUAGGUUCUGACCAAGAAGAAGGACCUCAGUCUCUAGCAUAAAAUUCUAGUAUUGGAUGAAUGCAGGUCUCGUUUGGUCUGUGGCUAGUUAGUUUAAAUGUGUUUCUAACCACAGAGAAUUUAAUAUAUAUAUAUAUACAUAUAUAUAUACACAUAUAUAUAUUUCACAGGAAUAUACUUUUUUCCUUUAGACUGAAUGUGUUCAUGUUUUUAGCCUGUAGAUUUAUUUUCAUUUUCCAAAAUUAACUCUAGCACACACAGAUCCCAGCCCCUAUGUGUCGGGUGUUUGUGGACUUCCUCACAGAGUAUUUUGAGGCCUGGAUGAACUUGGACUUAGGGGUAGAGGUUACAGAGGGAGGUGAUUAUUUUUUCAACUGGAAAACGGGUGGAAUUUGGACUGAUGAACUUGAGAUUUAAAAUCUUCUAUUCCUUUUGUCUUUUCUAGCAUCUCCCCUCCUCCUUCCUACCUAAGAGCUCCUUGAGCUAGAUAGUGAAAUAAUCCAAUGCCAGUGUCAUUUUGUACUUAAGUUCCAAAGUAGGAACAUUUUAUACUUUUUUCUGUAUUGCAAUAGAUAGUUUUGUAUGAAACCUUUUCUCCCCUGUACCCCACCCUUUCCAGCAUUGUGCUUUUUCCCCUGGACUUAUUUGACAAUUUUACUCUGUUUUAUACCAAGCUUGUUUAGUACAUUUUUCUAUGUUUUACCACAGGUUACAAUUUGAAAAGAAAACUAUUUUUUUUAAAUACCCCAUUGUUACCUGAAUGUUACUGUUUCCACUCCAGCAACUAGAUGCCCUACCUUUUUCAUAACUGCCUGACUUCAAAGGGAAAUUCACCUUUUGUUUUCUUCUUUUCUUUACUUUUUCUUUCUUCUUUUUUGGGGGAGUGGGGUGGGAGGGUGGGGGCAUUUUCUAUAGGAAAUAAAUAGCUUUCUAUGUAUGUGUUCCCGGAACCCUUCACAUCUCUCCUUGAAAACUGACUGCAGCCUCAGUGUAGGACUUCUGAACAGCCAGUCAGUGCCAGUGUUCUUCAGUGACAGCUUGCAAGGUGGCACGGUGUGGUCUAGAUGUGGACUGUGGCUCAAAGACCUGGAUUCUCCAGAGUCUCUUGCUGUUGUCUAGGGAACUCAGAACACUGUAGUUCUUUGUAUGUAUUGUAUGUCUUUUUAGACAACACCUGUCUUACCUGCCUCACAAAUCUUUUGUACAGACCAAAGCAACAAAUAUUUAUUGCCAUGUACAGCAGAAAAUGAGACAUGCAACAAAAGCACUUUGAAAAAAUAUAUUUAAGAAAUCGUUUA